AUGGCAUCAGUAGUUUCUCCUCCUCCUCCAACUUCCGCGAUAUCGUCGCAGCCCUUUGCUGGCAACGCUGCAUUUCAGAGCAAGAGCAAAGGAACUGAUGUGCGCUUAUCCAAUAUGACUGCUGCGAAAGCAAUCAGUGACACCAUCCAGACCUCCCUCGGGCCGAAAGGAAUGGACAAAAUGAUUCAAACUUCCAAAGGCGAGCUCAUCAUCACCAAUGACGGCGCCACAAUUAUGAAGAGCCUCCAGGCACUGCAUCCCGCAGCCAAGAUGCUGGUAGAAAUGUCCAUUGCACAAGAUGUGGAGGCCGGCGAUGGCACGACCACCGUUGUCGUGCUUGCGGGUAGCCUCCUCAGCGCGGCUGAGAGAAUGCUUGUCAAGGGUUUUCACCCGAGUAUCAUCGCAGACUCCUUCAUGCAGGCUUCUGCAAAGGCGGUCGAGUAUCUCACUGAAAUCUCAACGCCUGUCAGCCUCGAUGACCGCGCGGUCCUCAUCAAGGCUGCGGCCACGUCCCUUAAUUCGAAGAUCAUCUCAACGUAUUCGAACACUCUGGCGCCAAUCGCAGUGGACGCCGUGAUGCGCAUAACUGAUACAGCGUCAUUAAAUGUCGAUCUCCGUGAUAUCCGGAUUAUCAAGAGAACCGGAGGUACCAUCGAGGAUACCGCAUUGAUCACCGAAGGUCUUGUGCUGCACCAGAAUGCCAUCACCAGCGCUGGAGGCCCUAGCCGAAUGGAGUCCGCCAAAAUUGGCCUUAUACAAUUUCAAUUGAGCGCCCCCAAGCCUGACAUGGACAACACUGUAGUGAUAGCCAACUACCGCCAAAUGGACAAGGUUGCCCAGGAACAACGCAAAUACAUCCUUUCCCUCUGCUCAAAAAUCAAGAAAUCAGACUGCAACGUCCUCCUCAUCCAAAAGUCUAUCCUGCGCGACGCUGUCGACGAGCUCGCGUUGCAUCUCCUUGCGCGGCUCAACAUUCUCAUCGUGAAGGACGUCGAGCGCGAGGAAGUCGCGUUCCUUAGCAAAACGCUGCGGUGCACGCCCGUGUCAGACAUUGAGGCGUUCUCGAGCGAGAAGCUCGGCAGGGCGGAUAUUGUGGAGGAGGUGAGCCAGUACGGCUCGAAAUACGUGAAGAUCAGCGGUAUUGCGAAUAUGGGGCGCACCGUCAGCAUCGUAGCGAUGGGCCCAAAUAGCCUUAUCGUCGACGAGGUCGAACGGAGCCUGCACGACGCGCUGUGUGUCAUGCGGUGUCUCAUCAAGAAACGCGCGCUUAUCGCGGGGGGCGGCGCGCCCGAAGUGGACGUCUCGCGUAUGCUCUCUGCGCACGGGCGCUCACUGAAGGGAUCCCAGGCAUACUGCUUUCAAGCAUACGCCGACGCGCUGGAGGUGAUACCGAUCACACUCGCAGAGAACGCCGGCCUGAACGCCAUCAGCAUCCUCACUGAGCUGCGAAACCGUCAUGCACGUGGAGAGCGAAAUGCUGGCAUAGAUAUGCGCAAGGGACUGGUCUCUGAUGUGUUCAGCGAAGAUGUUGUGCAGCCACUGCUAGUUUCGACGAGCGCGUUCGAGCUUGCCACAGAGACCGUCUGUCUGCUGCUAAAGCUCGAUGACUACGUGCAGGCGCGGUAG